AUGGCGACAACCACGCACGCCCCCUCCCUCCGCGUUUCCCGCUUUAGCGCCACUCUCCACCACAGCACGGCUGCCUCUUCCCGCCUCUCGAGCCGCCUCCGCCGCUGUCCGGUCUCUCCUCUUUCGCGUGCCCCCCUCUCCGCGACUGUUCCGCGCGCCUCCCAACUCCGCGCCCGGCUUCUCCGCGGGCCUGUCCGCGCAAGCGGGGGGAGCAGCGGGAGAACCGCAAAAGACCCAUCAGACGAUGAUGACGUGGCUGCAGCGUUUUCGUCGAGGACAAACGCAUCCAGUUUAGGGCCGAGCGGGGAGGAGCAAGGGGUGGGAAGCGGAGAGAUAGAUUCGCGGGGAGAGAGAGACCCGUGGGGACGGGGAGAACCUUUGGGAGAGAGAGAACCUUUGGGAGAGACAUACCGGCGGGGGGGUAGAGAGCAACAGCGUGGAAAUGCGGGGGAAUGGGUUUCGUCAUCGGGGGAAUGGCGGUUGUCGACUGGCGGUACUAGCAGCAGUCAAGGACUAGAUUAUGAUAUCGACCCGCUAAGUAGCAAAUCCGGUUUCCGUUAUAAUUACCACACAGGCGACGAAGACCCAGAAGGUAGUAUCGACGCCGCAAAAUCUUACCCACCGUCGCCCCGUUCCGCCAUUCCCCCGCUCCCUUUACCCCGCAUUCCGCCCACUACCCGGUCGCCUCCCCCCCAACCCCACCAAUCCUCCCCACCUCUCCCGCGCUCCCCGCCUCCUCCCCCUCCUCCUCCGCCACAAAUCCCUCUUCCUCCCCCGCGGUCGUCGAAUCCGUUCGCGGCGGUGAGCAAGUUCGCGUUAGCGGGGGUGUUCUUACUGGGGAUAGGCGCGGGCGUGUCGGUGGACACGGUGCUGAACGUGGAGCCCAGCAACGUGGCGUCGCGGGAGGUCAUCGACCGCCAGACGCCCAACCCGGACAUCUGCCUCGCCAACGGCAUGAGCGCCAUGGUGCUCGACCAGCGCCUCUUCAUCUCCUUCAAUCCAUUCAACGUGUAUGUGUCCCAGGCAGAGGUGAAACCAGGGUGUGUGCUGCGGCAGAGCAACUGGCACGUGCUGGAGUCCAAGGGCCUCGUGUCGUCGGAUGAAGUGCGCGACUGCAAGCGCAACAUGAACACGUUCGGCUUCGUGGGCGACCUGAGGGAGUCACCUGAGGUGUCGUGUGUGUACCACAGUGAGACGGCGGAGAAUCUGUUUCUGGAAGACGCGAGCAAGUCUAAGAUCCGGAUUGGGGGGAGUCAGUAG